AUGAACUUGAUCGGUGAAGUUAUUUCAUCAACGGAGACGACACGUGGAUAUGCUGAGGCAGGGUUACGACAAACUCAAAUCGAAUUGAAUGCCUCACGAAUCAUGCAAAUCGAAUUGACUAAAGUGGGUGAAACGAUUCGUUCUCAUUAUACUGAAGCCCGAGAUGCAGUUCAAAAAGCACAAUCCGAAUAUAGUCGCGCCUUAAGUCGAAUUCCGACCGGAUUCAAAGCUCUCUUGCUUGAUUUGGGCCGUGCUGUGAUCGGUCUUGUCAAGGCAGGUGCAAAUGCAGCUAUAGAAGUUGGGAAAAAUCUCGCUAAGGCAGCUAUACCCAUAGGGAUGGGAGUGGCGACUGGUGGUAUAAGCACUGCCAUGGGUGCUCUUGGAGGUCUCAUGAGUACAGGGGACGGAAGUGUAGCUACAGGUCAAGCAUUGACAUUUGGUAAACUCUUCUCAAACAGUUUGAAUCAAGUUGCUCCACGAGUGAAGGAGAUUCUAAGAACAGGUGCCAAUGACAAUUCGGAGUCCAAAAAUCCCCUCGAAGAAUUAGAAGCUUACAAGGUGACAUUCGAAACAUUUUUGUCAUCAAUGCAAUCGGGAAAAGAAAGUCCGUUAAAGCAACAGGCUGGUGGUCUUAUCAAACGAGGUGUUGAUUUGUUCGAGGAAGUAUCGAAUCAAGUCAAGAAUGCUGCAAGAAGUGGCGAAAAGAUUGACCCACAAGUUGCAAAGGAUUUUGAAAAUCGUGUCAAUGAACUGGUCCAAGAAGCCAAACCCAUGGCAGCAGCAGAGAGCAUGAGUGGUGCUGAAGUGCCGGCAGCACCAGCAUCUGAGCAUGGCUCGGGUGACAGCUCACAAAAUGAAAAGUUUGCGGCCCAAUUAGCGAUAACUCGACUACGGGAUGCUGAAACUCGGUAUGAUAAAAUCUUCGAACAUCUGAAACAGAAUCAAGAAGAUCUAGCCAAACUAAUGGGCAAAAUCGCUACAUUGGAUAUGACUCAAGUUAAUUACAAGCAAUUGAUUGAAUUAUUGCGUGAAGCUCUUCGUCUUCUGGCCCGUGUUCGAGAACAAUGGGGUCAGCUUGUCUUGUUCUUUGCUGAAGUUGCUACUAAAGCUGAGAUCAUUCUUAGUGGAACGCUUAAUCCAUUUAUCACUCAAGCAAGUGAAGCUGGAAGCGAAGACUUCUCACUGGAUGAACGACUCUUCUACGUCGAUAUUCUCAAAGCCCAAGCGGAUGACAUCGAAGCUCAAUCGGGUAUGCUCUAUACAAUGGCUCGAACCUACUACGACAUGUCGACCAGAUUCAUCAUGCAGCGUCUUGCUGGUCUCUCGAGAAUGCUUACUGCGGCCGACGACGACGAGCGAAAUCAGUUCCUGGCCGAAUUGAACACCAACACGAGAGACACACAAGCUGCAGUUCUCAGCCUUGUCGCUGAACGAAAAAGUUCCUAUCAACAGGCAGUCAGACGACGUCGCGCUGAACUCGCGAAUUUUAUCGCCAAAUUGGGUGGGCCGGAUGCCAAUAAUCAAUUGGCUAUCGAAGCUGGUAAAAAAUUACUUCAAUCGGCUUCAUAA